UGGUCGACCAGCUGGAACGCAGCUAACAUGUUAUAAAACACUGAUAAAUCACAUGUAUCAUAUUAGACUAAAUUUCCCAAAUGGACACCGCUUGGAUGAUGAUGAUGAUGAUGAUGUGACACGGUAGGCCAGUGAGUCCAGCGCUGUGAUCAUCCACACACUGUGCACACGGGCUUCAGAACAGCAGUCAGUGGGGACACUUGAACGCACGGAGGGGGAGGAGGGCUGCGAGAGAAAACAAGCCGAGAAAAUUGUUCGUCUGAAACGAAAGUACCAUCAUCUAAGUGCCAUUUGGGCCCAACCGUUAUUCGUUUUCGGAGUGAUCGGAGCGAUUGUGAUGUAGUUUGUCGACUUCAUGCUGCGGUGUUGCUCCUUUCCAAGCAUCCGGUAAAAAUAAUAUAAGUGUCUGUGGGGCUACUGUACGGACGGCCAGUGCAGAACUGUUCUGAUGUGUCAAUAAGUUUGAGGCUGGAAUGAGAAGGCCCUGGCGUUUCGACCGGAUUUCAGGGGGUCAGCAGCAAUAUGAAGGGCGGAGGUGGAGGGAAAGAACCUCCGGUGGAAGGAGAAGUCAGCGGAAAGAGGCCCAAACGCAAGUGUCUGCAGUGGCACCCGCUGCUGGCCAAGAAAGCUCCAGACUUCUCCGAGGAAGAGGAGGAGGAGGAUGAAGAGGAGCUGGAGAAGGAGCCGGUGUUAUGUGCAGAGAGCGGAGCACAGGAGGGAGAGUGUGGCGGGAUGGAAGAUGACAGUGAGGAAUACUCCUCUGAACAACGGGCUCGCCGGCCCAUGAACGCCUUUCUGCUGUUCUGCAAGCGACAUCGUUCGCUGGUCCGACAGGAGCAUCCGCGACUAGACAACCGAGGAGCCACUAAGAUCCUGGCAGACUGGUGGGCCGUACUGGACCCCAAAGAAAAACAAAAAUACACAGACAUGGCCAAGGAGUAUAAGGAUGCGUUCAUGAAGGCUAAUCCUGGUUACAAAUGGUGUCCUGCCACCAACAAGCCGGUAAAGAGUCCGUCUCACUCCGUGAGUAACGCUCGCAAGAAAGUCUGGUCUCUUCCAUCCAACCCAAGCAAGGAUUCUUCACUUGCCAAAAAACAGCCCAAAACUGACAGCACACCCCAGCUCAACUUUGCCAUGGCUGAUCCCAAUAAGAUGGGCGGCCUGAGCAUGCUGCUGUUAGCCGGGGAGCAUGCGCUGACUGCCAGAGAGAUGUCCUCCAGCUCUUCCCAGACAGGAGGCACAGAUGUUGCUAAGCACACUGGGAAAUCAGCCCUUUUCCAGCUGGCUGAGAUUUCUUCCAGUCCUGGACAGCCAGCUGGGGGAAGUAUGAAAGCUGAGGACACAAGCUCUCUCACACAUGUAGAGGCCUCUGGACCAUCUCAGCCAAGUUCGCCAGACCUACCUAAGAGUUGUGUUAAAUCACCCUUGUUUCAGCUGGCGGAGCAGAUCUCCUCCAGUAGGUCUCAGUCAGCAUCUGAGGGGAGGCAGUGCGGCCAGUCGGCUCUUUUCCAGCUCGCUGAGAUGUGUUUGGCCUCUGAGGCUGACAAGAUGGAAGCUGGAUCGUCGCAGCCCUCUGGUGGUUCCUCCUCACUCUGUGCUCAGCACGGCUCAAGUAGCACAGACAUCACAGAACACCAAGAGCAGGCGGAUGCUCCUGAACUUCCUCUCACCACACCAUCAUCAUCCUCAUCAUCUUCCUCUACCUCUGGCUCCACCUCGUCAUCUCCUACUGACACCACCCCAUCGGAUCAAAGUCCAUGUAAGACGCUGAAGAAGAAGAAAAAGAAGAAAACAAAUAAAGACUCGGACGAAAAUCCUGCAUCGCCCAAAAAGGCAAAGAAGCGCCAUUCGCCAGAGUCGGACCUGGACAGUGUGAUGUUCACCAUCGAAGCGGUAGCAAAAGGUGCUUGGGGCUUGGAAGAAACACCCAGGAAGAAAUCUCAUCCCUCAAGUAGCGAGGGCAGCCCCACAAUGGACCAAUCUCCAGCUGUGAAGAAGAAAGCAAAAUCUAAACCGAAAAAACAGCUGAAAUUUAAAGACGACAGUGCGGAAGAAGAGGAAGAAUGGGACGUAGAAACCAAUAAACCACAGGACGAAGAGAUGAAAACUGAGGAAGCUCCUCUGACCCCUAAAGCGGAGAGUGAGAAUGAGCAAGACAUGAAGGUGGAGACACCUAGUGGUGUGGAGGACAUGGCACCACACUGCUCUCCUCCUCGACCUACAGAACUAGAGGAGGAGAAAGACACAGACACCAAACCACCUCAAACCAGUCCGGAAGAUAAAGAGCCAGAGGUUAAGCCGGAGACCUGUGGGUCCAGGAAGUCUGAGAGAAGCUGUAAAGGAGCGCUUUAUAAGACUCUGGUUUCCGAAGGGAUGCUUACAUCGCUGAGAGCAAAUGUGGACAGAGGGAAAAGAGGUUCAAUGCGAGGCAGUGUGUCCGAUCAUGAGGGCGGCUGGAAUGACGAGAGCUGGGGAUUUUCUCAAGCUGUUACCAGCAACCCAAAAAAGCUCAAGAAGUCCAAGUCUAAAGAGGAAGCCACCACAGGACUAGGAAAGCUUGAGGAGGAGUUCGAGAAAAAAUUCAACAGCUUACCGCAGUACAGCCCACUGACUUUUGACAAAAAGAGCAUGGCGGUCACCAAGAAGAAAAAAAACAGUACAUCCAGCCCUCCUGAACCGCCUAAAACCUGCAAGGGUUCAUCUUCAUCUCAGAAAAAGACCUUAUUCCACAAGAUAGUGAACAAGUACAAACACAGGAAGGAGAAAUCCAGUGCCGCAGACAAAGACAUCGUCCCAACUGACCCAAUGGCUACAGAAUCAAGUCCACUGAAGUCGGGCAGUCCGUGUGUUUCUCCCUCUCCUGAACCCCAGAAGGUUCUGGACACACCUGUGGGCAGUCAGAAGAGGAAGGCCAGGAAGAGUAAAAUCACACACUUGGUGCGCACGGCUGAUGGCAGAAUGUCACCUGCAGAGGCAGAAGACAAAUUCAAGAAUCAGGAUGAAAAGCCAUUCACUCAAGAGACAUUAUGCAAUAGCGGGAUCUGCUAUAAGGACCCCAGAUCAGUGGAAGCGGAUGUGGCUGAUGCGUCCGGCAGCCUCCCGGCCUUCUUCAGCUUGGCUGCUCUCGCUGAGGUUGCAGCCAUGGAGAAUGUGCACAGAGCCCAGCGUGCUGUGAACAUCCCCACUGAAGGUCAAGUGAAGGACAUAGCUCCUGUGCUGAUUUCCUGUGCGGACCAGUGAGGCCUCAGCCUGGCCUGGGAUGGGUUUAUUCCUGUCUGGGCUUUUGUAUGGACCCUUUGUAUUCUUGACCCUCGGCCUCAGAUGUCAGGGGGAAAGAGCGUGCGAGAGCGAGAGAGUCUGGAAAGGGAUGAGGGAAGCUCGGAGAAGGAUGAAGAUGUUUUAUCCCAGAAGCCUUCACCUUACACCCAACCCCAUUCUCCCUCCCUCUUACCCCCUCAGGGCCCCGGGAGAGCCCAUUCUGGUCCCUACACCUGUUUCCUUUGGUGGAGCCGGACCAGUUUUCAGACGUCACAAUCUGCAAGAAAUGGCUACUAUUUAAGGUCAAGUUUUGCCAACAAAAAGUGCAUUUGAAACAAGUGUUCCCUCCUUGUCUUUCUCUAUAUAAGCGCUUCUGUUCCUGGUCAGCUUUAUUGCACAAAUGUCUUUUUUCACACAGCGGUGUACACGAUCUCUCGGUCAGAAGUCACAACGUUUUGUGGCUUCCUGCUCCCUUUUCUUGCUCUGAAUCUUUUGAAGAGAGCGAGUGAGUGCUCAACCUCAGCCUCAUACCUCACAGACCUGUGCACAGAUGCACCACCUUCACCUUCAUAAUGCACAUUCAAUGCCUAGAUGCCUCUUUCUUUCAAGCAAUGACCCUCAGUGUGUCCGGUGCCUCUGUAGAUGACAGUUAUUCAGAUGUUUUCCACUCGCAGACAACAGCGACGUGUCGGGGGGAGCUGGAUUUUUGCGCAAGUUGCGCAGUAGUUUACGAGCAGGGUCCAAAAUUAACACUUGCCAAGAAUCGGAUACUUUAAUGUUUAUUAAUAUACAUUACCAUUUAAAAGUUUGGGAGACGUUUCUGAAAGAAGUCCCUUAUGAUCAACCGUGUUGUAUUUAUUUGAUCAGAAAUACAUUAAGAACAGUACUAUUGUGAAAUAUUAUUAGAAUUUAAAAUAUCUAGAUGUAAUGUAUUUCUGUGAUGGCAAAGCUGCAUUUUCAGCAUCAUUACUC